GAUUAGAGUUUCUAAUGAGGGAUUUAGGCACAAUCCCUCACCAUUAGAGAUUUUAAUUAAAAUCACUCGUUUGGGAAACAAAUUUUCGAUGAGAGAUUUUAAUCAUUCCGGAUUUGAGAAACCCACAUUUGAGAGAAUGUGAAAUAGCUGAUGCCCACCAGCUAUUUCGAAAUCCUGCAAUAUUUUGUCCAUUUGUUCCAUAUAUGCCCAUACUAUUUUUCUGAAAAUCCAACUUUACCCUUUCUUCUAUUAACCCUUUCAAUAAAGUGUCAUUCGUUUAACCCUCCUCUGUUUUACUCCCACCCGUCUGUUUAACUCCCACCCGGACGAAAGAGUUGGAAGACGAACAAACAGCUAGUUUCAGAGAGUUGGGAAGCAGCUCACACCAAAUUCGGCGGUCAGCAGCAAAAACCAACCUUCACCAGCAGUAAAGGAUGUCUCGGCUGUCUAUGAUGUCUCCGAUGGAGAGGCGCAAACUGAUUGCUGCGAUUAGCGCAUUUUGGAACCUUAUAAUGAUCUAUCUUGAUCUAGGAAUGGAGGUGAUGAACCUUACAGAGUUAUUAAUUCGCAAUCCUAGAAUUGCCAGGCAGCCCGUAGAUAGUUACAUGAUGCGACAGUUCGAUAGACAAAGGGUGAUUGACAAAUGUACCAAACUCAGUGAUACCGAGAGUCACAGAAAGAUUAGGAUGAACCGUAGCUUAUUCAAGAAGUUAUGUGACCUUUUAGUUGCGGAAGGUGGGCUGAAAAAGACUCGAAACACUGAUGUAGAUGAAAUGGUUCUCACCUUCCUAUUGGCUAUAUCUCAUGAUAACAAAAUCAGGAGUUUAGCAGUUGAUUUGAGGCGCUCUACUGAGACGAUUUAUAGAUCGUUUCACCGAGUCUUACGG